UCCUUCCCUCCUCCUCCUUUUCCUUCCUUCCUUCCCUAGUUCCCUCUCUUUGCUUCCCUGAGGAUGCCUCUCCCCCCGGGGCUCCCCUGACGGGGCCGGCGUCCUUCCUUCCUUCCUUCCCUCCUCCUUCCUCCUUCCCUCCUUCCUUCUUUCCUUGGGGCUGAGAUGAUGGCGGACCCAGCCGAGUGCAGCAUCAAGGUCCUCUGCCGCUUCCGUCCGCUCAACGAGGCCGAGAUCCUCCGCGGAGACAAGUUCAUCCCCAAAUUCAAAGGCGAGGAGACCGUCGUCGUCGGGCAAGGAAAACCCUAUGUCUUCGAUAGAGUGUUACCACCCAAUACAUCCCAGGAACAAGUCUAUAAUGCUUGUGCCAAGCAAAUUGUUAAAGAUGUCCUUGAGGGGUACAAUGGUACAAUUUUUGCUUAUGGUCAAACAUCUUCAGGAAAAACACAUACCAUGGAGGGGAAGUUACAUGACCCACAGCUAAUGGGGAUAAUUCCAAGAAUUGCACAUGACAUCUUUGAUCACAUCUAUUCCAUGGAUGAAAACCUAGAAUUUCACAUAAAGGUCUCCUACUUUGAGAUUUACUUGGACAAAAUAAGGGACUUACUGGAUGUUUCAAAGACAAACCUUGCAGUACAUGAAGACAAGAACAGAGUCCCAUAUGUCAAGGGCUGUACAGAGAGAUUUGUCUCUAGUCCUGAAGAAGUUAUGGAUGUCAUUGAUGAAGGGAAAACAAACCGCCAUGUAGCUGUUACAAACAUGAAUGAACACAGUUCUAGAAGUCACAGUAUUUUCCUAAUUAACAUCAAGCAAGAGAAUGUUGAAACUGAAAAAAAACUUAGUGGAAAGCUUUAUCUGGUAGAUUUGGCUGGGAGUGAAAAGGUCAGCAAAACUGGGGCAGAGGGCUCUGUGCUUGAUGAAGCUAAAAAUAUUAACAAGUCAUUGUCUGCUUUGGGCAAUGUGAUCUCAGCAUUGGCAGAAGGAACUAAAACACACGUCCCAUAUCGAGAUAGCAAAAUGACCCGAAUCCUUCAGGAUUCUUUAGGUGGGAACUGUAGAACCACCAUUGUCAUCUGUUGUUCCCCAUCCAUUUUCAAUGAAGCAGAAACCAAAUCUACUCUAAUGUUUGGUCAAAGAGCCAAGACCAUCAAGAAUACUGUUUCUGUAAAUCUUGAGCUGACUGCUGAAGAAUGGAAGAAAAAAUAUGAGAAAGAGAAGGAAAAAAACAAGACACUAAAGAAUGUUAUCCAGCAUCUGGAGAUGGAAUUGAACAGGUGGAGAAAUGGAGAGGCUGUUCCUGAGGAUGAACAGAUCAGUGCCAAGGACCAAAAGAACUUGGAGCCAUGUGACAACACACCCAUCAUUGAUAACAUUGUGCCUGUUGUUGCCAGUAUUUCAGCAGAGGAGAAGCGGAAAUAUGAGGAAGAAGUCACCAGUCUCUACAGACAAUUGGAUGAUAAGGAUGAUGAAAUUAAUCAACAGAGUCAAUUGGCUGAGAAACUAAAGCAGCAGAUGCUCGAUCAAGAUGAGCUUUUGGCCUCCACUAGGAGAGAUUAUGAGAAGAUCCAAGAGGAGCUCACCCGCCUUCAGAUAGAGAAUGAAGCUGCAAAAGAGGAAGUCAAAGAAGUCCUUCAGGCUCUAGAAGAAUUGGCUGUUAAUUAUGACCAGAAGUCACAAGAAGUGGAGGACAAGUUGAGAGCUAAUGAGCAACUAUCAGAGGAGCUUGCACAGAAAACAUCUGCCUUGACCACUACACAGAGAGAACUGGGACAACUGCAAGAGCUCAGUAAUCAUCAGAAAAAGAGAGCUACUGAAAUCUUGAAUUUACUACUUAAGGACCUGGGAGAGAUUGGAGGAAUUAUUGGUACCAAUGAUGUUAAGACGCUAGCAGAUGUGAAUGGAGUGAUUGAAGAGGAGUUCACCAUGGCACGGCUCUACAUCAGUAAGAUGAAGUCUGAGGUGAAAUCUCUGGUGAACCGCAGCAAACAGUUGGAGAGUGCUCAGAUAGAUUCCAACAGGAAGAUGAAUGCCAGCGAGAGGGAGCUUGCUGCUUGCCAGCUUCUCAUCUCACAGCAUGAAGCCAAGAUCAAGUCUCUCACAGACUACAUGCAGAAUAUGGAACAGAAGAGAAGGCAACUGGAAGAGUCACAGGAUUCACUUAACGAAGAGCUGGCCAAAUUGCAUGCUCAAGAAAAAAUGCAUGAAGUCAGUUUCAAAGAUAAAGAGAAGGAACAUUUGACCUUGCUGCAAGAUGCUGAGGAAAUGAAGAAGACACUGGAACAGCAGAUGGAGAGUCACAGGGAAGCUCACCAGAAGCAGCUGUCUAGGCUGCGAGAUGAAAUUGAGGAGAAGCAGAAAACCAUUGAUGAAAUCAGAGAUAUGAAUCAGAAGCUGCAACUGGAACAAGAAAAACUGAGCUCUGACUAUGAAAAAUUAAAAAUCGAAGAUCAAGAACGGGAAAAGAAGCUGGAAAAGCUAAUAUUGCUAAAUGAUAAGAGAGAACAAGCUAGAGAAGACCUUAAAGGACUGGAAGAAACAGUGGCUAGAGAACUUCAGACUCUCCAUAAUUUACGCAAACUCUUUAUUCAAGACCUCACCACCAGAGUAAAAAAAAGUGUGGAAUUGGAUAGUGAUGACGGUGGUGGAAGUGCUGCUCAGAAGCAGAAAAUUUCAUUUCUGGAAAACAACCUUGAACAACUUACAAAGGUUCACAAACAGCUGGUACGUGAUAAUGCAGAUCUUCGCUGUGAGCUUCCUAAGCUGGAGAAACGACUUCGAGCUACAGCAGAGAGAGUGAAGGCCUUGGAGAGCGCACUGAAGGAAGCCAAAGAAAAUGCCAUGCGGGACCGGAAACGAUACCAGCAGGAGGUGGAUCGCAUUAAAGAGGCAGUGAGGGCCAAGAACAUGGCAAGGAGAGCACAUUCUGCUCAGAUUGCCAAGCCUAUACGCCCUGGACAUUAUCCAGCAUCUUCUCCAACAGCUAUUCAUGUCCUUCGAGGAGGAGGAGGAGGAUAUUACCACAACAUGAAAUAAAUAUCAGGUUCCAUUUUGCACAUGAAAACCCAUAAUCAGCUCACUAUCUCUUUUCCUUCUUGGACUGGAUCUGUACGUCUGUUCAUUGUAUGCAUCCUAUAGUCAUCUGCAGUGGACUGGGUUCCGAAUUUUUCAGCUUUGUAGAAUCUCCAUGUGUACAGAAGUGUGCCCCAAACCCAACUUUUCUUCUGAAAACUAUGUACAGUGUAUCUAACACAUGCACCUAGGCUGACAGUAUGCGUCUGCUACUCAAUCUCUAUCACUGACUGACUGAGUUGGACUAUGCUGUGCCAGUUGUGUUGGGGCUUUUAUCCUGGCACAGAUGCUUUCCCUUUUUUCCCCCCUUCUUUUUUUGGUUUCCUUAAAAGGACUCUGGUGCAUCCGUAAAAUGCUUGUAUCAGAGAAUGAAUUGUUCAACAACCAAGUGCCAUCAGAAGCAGUUGAUUGUGUUCCAUCAUGACUUUCUGAUUUCCUGUAUAAUAUGCAUAUUAUUUUAUAUUUUUAGAGGAUAUGUGCAGUUAUAUGGUUUUAAAAAACCAACCCAUCUAACAUGCUUUCAAGAAGUAAAAUACCCCAAAGACGCAUUUCUAAUAUUCUGAUUAAAUCUUUGGACUUGGUAGAGACCAAGGAUGUAGAAGAAUUUGCUAGCUUAGCUCUAGGCCACGGAUGGGGAAAGUAUGGCCUGCAGGCAGUAUGCUGCCCCCCAUCUCCCCGCCCCCCUUUGCUGCUUCUGUGCUCUAAAUCCCCUAAAUAUAUUUUUUUUAAUUUGCAGGAAAAGCCACCCCAAACUAGGCCAAACAAUGCAGAAAUACUACCAAACAGGCUAGUUUAGAAUUAUCCAUCCUUCAAAAAUCUUACAAGGUUUAUAAGGACAUGAAAACCAGAGGUGACUUCCUGAACAUAUUUUUCACUGAUUUCCAAUACAAAAUGCAUUGGUAUGUUCUCUUUUGGUCCCCCCCCCUCAUUUGGCAGAAGUCAUGGGUUCAAAAUUGGCCUCCAAAGCAGUUGCCCAUCCCUAUUCUAGAUAUUGAAGUUUAGCAGUCAUAUUAUAAUUUAAUCUCAAAGUUUAGCAUUUGAUCUGUAAUUGUGGUUCCUUUGAUCACAAAUUCUGGCAACCAUGUAGUAAUGUGGUUCUGAUUAAAAUUAAAUUGAAAGAUAAAUAUUUGCAAGAGCAGUUUAAACCAUGUCUACCCUCUUCUUUCCCAACUCAAAUCCUUUAUGAUUUCCAAAAAAACCCCACUAUAAGUCAGAAAACUGAAAUAGAAACAUGUAGCAGUGAAAAAAUAUUCUUGAGGGUGAUCAGCAUGAGUAAGUACACAUGCUUAGUGUGUAAUGCAAACAAGAAAAGAAAAAAAUGGAAGGUGUCUUUUUGCUUAAAAUUGAAAUAUGAUACAUUUAUAGCAAUAUAUGCUGGAACUGAUCAGUAUGCAAGUCUGCCUAGGGAUAGUAUAAUUUUAGUUCUCAACCAAUAGAAAGAUAAAUAGACUUCUUUGGGGGUUCUUUUUAAAUGACAGAUAAUGGGUUUUAUUUUUAGUGGAAGCAAACACAACCAUAGAAAAUGCAGUAAGUAGGCAGGUUUUAAAUCUGUAAUUUAAUAGACCUGCUGUGCUUCUUUCAUGUUUCAUAUAUGCAUUUACUACUAUGUACAUUAAAGUGUAUUGUUUUGAAGGAGAAUAGUUUUAAAAUGAUAAAACUGGAAUUUACAUUCAUUCAGUCCUGUCUGCUGCUGUGGCUAGGUAUGUUUGGGGGCUUCUAAACAUGUUAAGCCAAUAGACAUUGGUGUCAAUCCAAUACUGCUUGAUGUAGCAUAUAGUUCCCCAUGUGGAGAUACUGCUGCACUAAGACAUUUAGCAACAUUUCCACCAGACCUACUGUAGCCCUGCUAAAGGUUUGCAAUCUGGGAUGGGAACUGUGGGAGAGGUGAAGUGAAUGCCAGCCGUCACAGUGAUUGAAAAUAAACAUACACCUGUACAAUUAAUGUACAUGUGCGUUUAUCCUUAAGAGACUACUGGCUGUUUAAAAAACAACAACAACACUAAUCUGGUCCAAUAUCUUUACAAAGAUUAGGACCUGACUUCAAGCAUUUCGCCCUGAUGUUGCUUAGAAGCCCUCAACGUAGCAAAGAUGAUCAGGGUUUGUUUAAUUUAUUAAGGGUUGCACUAUUUGUGGGGCUAGGGAUUGAAAUAUUUGUUACAUAUUUAAUGAAGGAUCGCAAAUGUUGUAUUUGUUUAAUUUAUUUUGUUGGGUUGUUUUUUGGUUUUUGUACAUCUUGUUUUUCUUCUUAAUAUACAUGUAUAUGCACUGCCAGUGAACUGAAGUAUGAAUUUGCUGUAUCUAAAUCUGAAAUUAAUGUGGCCAACUCUCAGUUACAUGUCUAGGUACCAAGAGGGCUGCUGUUACUAAACCAGUGACCUUAAUUGCCAGUCUGUAUAUCAUGGGUGACUACAAUGAGGCUGCCUGAAACAAUUUUCACUAUUUGGCGACUGUUCCAAAUAGUGGCUGUAACAUCUACAUUGGCUCACAGUAUGAUUUUUAAUUUUUUUAAAAAAUUGCAUUCUUUGGAACAAAGAUUGAGAAAUUGUAUGCAGUGGAAGCAUUCUACAGAAGAAAUGUUACAGAUAAAACAGCAUGUAGCAUCUGCCUUAUAAAGGGUGGUUCAAGUAGCGUCAUGCCAGCCUUUAUAACUUGUUAACUAGGUCUUGGGGGUGAAUGCACACCAUUUAAUACAGUGUUUGUUAUAGUUUUUUGUAUAGCUGAGCUACUGUUGCCUUUUCCCAUACACACACAGACGUCUGUUUGUGUGCUCAGUGCUCCAUCGACAUAAAAAUUCAGCAGUGUGAAUGCAAUCCACCGAGCACAUUAUACAUGGGCAGUCCUCUCAGGAAUGAAUGGGAAUUUGAUGCAGUGAUUUACCCUAGCACUUUUGUUGUUUAAGAUUUGAGGUUUUGAAUAUAAUGUCUCUAAAGCAUGAUGGAAAAGUUAGCUUUAAUGCCUUUUUAAGAACAAAAGCCUGACACUCCUCUGGAACAGCUAGUUGCUGAUCAGACAGUCAGUUCAUCUAGCUGCAGCCCUUUGCCUGAGGCUUCAGAACUGACUUUUCCAUCCUGGUUCAGAGAAGGCAGGUUGUCCUGUGAAAGGCUGAAAAGGUGUGCUGUGUUAGAGUCUUUAAAGCUGGACUUUUUCACGUGUUAUCACAUUUUUGUCUUAUUUUGCUGCUAAGUGUCACUUCAUUGCAUCAGAGGUGCUUAUCUAAGUUCUCAAGCACAGUUUAAGCAUACUUUAACGCACUACUUUUGCAGUAUUUUUGUACUAGCAAUUUCAUCUCAGCUACACAAACAGCAGAAAUCUGUCUUCAGAUGAUUUCCAUUUUUAAGGCUUUUCCCUUUCUUUUGUUUUUGUACUGUUCAAAAUACUUUCUUUUAUCCUGAAAGGAAAUCUUAUUUUAAACAGUAGAUACAAAGAGUUAUAUCUAUUACUUGACAAGUGAACAUGCCAUACUAGUUGGGGAGAACUGCAGUGUGAAGUGUCUUUGAUUUUUUAAAAAAUCUCAAUAGUAAUUUUCCUUACCUUCCAAUCUUCCAAAACGGCUAUCUUCAGGUACACGUUAUAGAGUCAGGGCUACCAUCUCCACAGAUUUUGCAUCCAGGAUUCAACCAUUCACAGCUUAAAAAUACUACACACACACACAACUGAAAAACAAGCCUUGAUUUUGCCAUUUUAUGUAAGGGACACCAUUUUACUUCACUAUUGUCUAUCAUGAGACUUGAACAUCCAUAGAUUUUGGGAUCCACAGGGGCUCCUAGAACCAAACCCUAGUGGAUACCAAAGGCCCAGCAUAUUUACUUUUAUAUUUUUCCCACUGGGACAAAUGGUAAGACCAAAACUAUUUGCUAAGGGUGAAUUUUGCCAAGCAAAGGCAAGAUUGGACUGCCUUGAAUCUGCCAAACUGAAAUAACUGAAACUAUAUUAGUAUGUAAAAUCUGAUGUAUGCAUACAUGACUGUAUACAUACCUUGGAGGAUGGUGGAAAACUCCUACUUGAAAAUGAAAAAUAUCUAAAAAAAAUUACUUCACAAUUGAAGCCUAAAUGAAGACAAACCCAUCCUUGAGAUAAUAAAAUAACAUAUAUUCCAAACUAGCUUUUAAAUUUUGUAUGGAAUUUCAAAGAACAGGAACCUCUCCUAUUUUGGAAAGUUCUAUAUACAUGUUCCCCAUGAAAGCUGCAUUGAAACAAAGGUGCAGAGUGUGAUGGACUGUGCCCUUUGCCUUUAUACCUCUUUGGGGCAAGAGAAUUCAAAAAAUGUUUUUAAAAGAUGAGGUACACAAUUGUAAAAUGAUGUGUUCUCUCCUGUGUGUUGGUAAUUAGCUUAAUGCCUUUAUGAAGCUAAAAACACACUGGUCAAAAGUCUGUCUUACACAUCCUUACACCAUAUCACUUCCAUGUUUGUGUCUUACUCCUAAAUACUUCUGUGUCUGCCAUUUUUGAAACACUUUUAAUAGUAGUAGAACAAUAGGAAUUCAGGCAUUCUGUAGAAGUAUACAUGUCUAGUUUGUAAAGUGUGUAAUGUGUACUCCAGAAGUGUACUCUCUGGGAUCUAUGUAUCUGUACAGUAGCUUGUUUUAGGGAGGGAAAAUGAAAUGUGGAUACUUUUCUGAUGGGUACAAUCUGGGGAGAAACUGCCACUAUUAUAAAAAAUGUUGAAAUAAAUCAAGCUCUAUGUAACAGCAAACCUGGAUCUCCCCUCCCUUCCCCAUAGAUAAGUCUUUUGAUCUUGGUUCUAAAAUACUAUCUAUUAAAAUGUAUGGAUACACUGGCAGACUGCAUGAUGUAUCAUCCAAGAACUGUUAAAGUGGAAAUAAAAUUGAAGUAAACUUU